AUGUUGUUGUUCCUCGGCAGAAUAACUAGCAAAAUAGCUAUAGUUCAUAUCUAUCUAUCUAUCUAUCUAUCUAUCUAUCUAUCUAUCUAUCUAUCUAUGUCUCUUCAUAACUAUCUAUCUAUCCAUUUAUCUAUCUAUCUAUCUAUGUCUGUUCAUAUCUAUCUAUCUAUCUAUCUAUCUAUCUAUCUAUCUAUGUCAGUCUCUUUCUUUCUUUCUUUCUUUCUUUCUUUCUUUCUACUUGAGUUUCUUUCUUUCUAUCUCAUCGCUUUCUUUUUUCUUUCUUUCUUUCUUUCUUUCUUCGUUCUCUUUCUUUCUAUCAGUUUUUUUUAUCUAUCUAUCUAUCUAUCUAUCUAUCUAUCUAUCUAUCUAUCUAUCUAUCUAUCGCAGUCUCUUUUUCUCUCUUCCAUACUUUCUUUCUUUCUUCCUAUCCGUAUCUCUUUCUUUCUACUUGAGUUUCUUUCUUUCUAUCUCAAUUUCUUUCUUUCUAUCACAGUCUGUUUUUAUCUAUCUAUCUAUCUAUCUAUCUAUCUAUCUAUCUAUCUAUCUAUCUCGGUCUCUUUCUUUGGCUCUUCCUUCCUUCCUUCCUUCCUUCCUUUUUUUUUUUUUCCCCCUCUCUUAAUCUCUUCAUAUCUUUUUAAGCCUCCAUUCUUUUCUUUCUUUCUUUCUUUCUUUCUUUAUUUAUUUAUUUAUUUAUUUAUUCUUCUCUUUCUUUCUUUCUUUCUUUCAACAUAUUUCUAUUGCUUCUCCUUUCUUUAUUUGCUUAGCUUGCAACUUUAUUUUUACUUUUUUAUUGACUAA